AUGGGAAAUACAGUUUCACACAAUAUUAAUCAAUCUCCAUCAAAUGAUUAUCGUUUUUUGAACAUUGAUAAAGAACCACUAGAAAUGCUUCUAGCAAUCGAAGAUUAUAAAAAAUUACCUUUAGUCUCCCUUGAACAAGCUGUUUCUUCUCUAGUUUCAUUUGUUCCUAAUAUAAAACAAAUGGUACAACUUGUCAAAGACAAAUGUAAAAAUCCAGCAGAUAAUUUAACCGUUGAUGAAUCUGCUUCAAUCAUGUUAUAUUCUCUGGAAAAUAUUCCAUUAGAAGAAUCAUUCUAUAUAAUUCUUAAUAAAACGCUUCGCGACAAAAAUCGACAAAAUUUAAAAAAUUGGCUUUCUUAUUUGAAACUUUUUACUACAGCUCUAUCGAAGAUUCCAUCUACUAAAUCUGUUGUUUAUUGUGGAGUGAAGCAAAAUUUACAUCACUUAUAUCCGAAAGGACAAAAUAUCACUUGGUGGGAAUUUUCGUCAUGUAUUACUUCACUUGAAAGAUUACAAUCAAAUGAAUUCUUAGGCAAAAAUGGUACAAGAACAAUAUUUUAUAUUGAAUGUUUCAGUGGAAAAAAUAUUCAAUCACAUUCAUAUUAUUCAACAAGAAAUGAAAUUCUCCUUCCGUCAGAAAUCAAAUUUAUAAUAAAUUCAUCUCGUGAACGCAAGGAUGGUCUUUCAAUUAUUCAUUUAAAAGAAAUCGUACAAUUUUCUUCUUCGAUUAUAUCUGCAUUAUCUGUUAGUGUUAAUUUGUUAUUAAAUUCGUUUAGAAAUCAUUUCGUAUUUUUAGAUUUCUAA